GAGAGAAGGGGAGGGACUACGAAUCUUCUGGGACCGGCUGAGAGAGCCCUCCUUCACCUCCAGGUGGAACCCCUUUGCCACCGACUACCCCUACAUCACCUUCACGUACCACCCUGUGAGAAACAUCGACGACACGUUCACUGCCCUCUGCGACAUCCAGAACUUUCGUGAGAAGCUCAAGGAUGCAGCCCAGAAAGCCCACGUCACAAAGCCCGUUCCCGGUAAAGCCAAUGGCGUCCUGGUUCUGAACCAGCCGAUCCACAUCGACACCUAUGUGGGCGCCAUGUCUUUCCUUGGGAACCAGAACAAACUGGGCUACAGCAUGGCUCGAGGAAACAUCGGCAUCUAAACUCUAACAUUUAAUGAAAUAGAUUUGCUACUUUUCGUACUGCUGGCUCUAAGUUCAGUCUCCUACUGUUUACAGAGAAGACUGACCAGAGAUUUUUCCAAGUCUACUUCUGUUUCACAGGAUUCUUGAGAUGUUCUGUGUGCCAUUUAAACUGUGUGAUCGUCCCCACUGCUUAUUGCCACUGUGUGCUGUCUGACUACUCAAGAAAUAUCCACAUUUCAGCACCACUCUUCACAGGAUGACGGAUCCCCACUACUCUCAAGGAGCUUUGUAUUUGCUCCUCAGUGAUAUGGUAAUUCAACUCUUUUGCAAUGGGACUCCUUUCUUCCUCCCCCGGUGUCUCUGGUAAAAGCUCAUUCCCAUGCCAUUCAGCCCCUUAGAGAUUCACUGGAGCAUGGGGCCACAUUUGUCAGCAUAGUUUUAUCAGUCGUAGUGUAUUUUUACAGUGCAUACAGUGCUGGAAUUUCCCCUUGAUUUGUACAUUUACUAUGCAGCACUGUGCCUUGUUUGACAUCGUGUGUGUAACAUAUAAAAACAUGAUCUUACAGAUUUUGCCCCCUUUUGUUUUUAAGUGUUGUGAAAUAUGCAGACUUUUCAUGCUCUGUUUCUGUUCGGUGUACUUUCAUCAUGCAAACACCUCCUAAAGGAGGGAUCCACUCUGGCUGAUUUGGCGGCGCCUCUAGUUACUGGUGGUAACAGCAAGUGUGGUUUAACACGGCAGCAAACAUUCACUAAGCCGCUACAACAACACAAGAGCAGCCGGUGUGUCUGGUUAAAAUGCAACCAAACCAACCCAAAUUAUGCUGAUAAAGAAGUAAUUACAUUUUUUUUUUAAAAUGCAACCCGAGUAAAAAUCUGUUACUUACCAAGCAGGCCUUCAUGUAUGCUAAAUUUUCAUGCGAGAAAAUCGGAUUUUGUGCUCCAUAAGACUCCCUACAAUGUGUCAGUAGUGUAUCCGUUUUGAAAAUGACUAAAAGUAAAACUGUUACCUUGUUUUGUA